AUGAAUAUCCUACGAAAUAUCCUAGGAAACUUCAAGUCACAGAGGGUGCCAGCAACUGUACCCACAGACAAAAUCGUCCCCAUCUCUGAUAUUGACUACGUGUGUGACCAAACCAUGGAGUUGAUAUUGAGGUUUGAUGAUGUCCUUGACCCAGAAAUGCUUCGCCAAUCCCUUGAACGGCUGUUGGAAAUCGGAAAUUGGAGGAAGCUCGGAGCACGCGUGCGUCCCAAGGGAGAUCCUGCCGAAAGGAAAUUCGAGUAUCACAUCCCAGAGAAGUACGAUGCUGUACGCCAGGGUUUCAUCUAUCGCGUGUCGAGACACAGCGGCGGCAUCAACAGUCAUCCGAUAGCGGCCCGACUGCCUAGAUACAAUCAUGGAAUUCCCAUUCUAGGCUCUCCACAAGACUUCACCUCUCUAAGCCUCCAGCCAGAAGACCCAAGACAUCUCGCAGAUUGGACAUAUACUGACCUUCCGCAACUGUUCUUCCACCACAUGACCUUUACCGAUGCCACGGUAAUUGCAAUGACAUAUCCGCAUACUCUCAUGGACGGUGUAAGUCACGGAAUUUUCCUCCGUGCCUGGAUGUCUGUCCUCCAUAAGCGAGAACACGAAGUCCCGGAAGUGGGUGGCUUUGAAGACUACCGACGCCCCUUGGCCGAGAAGACCUCUGCCAAGAGUUAUGUCCUCUAUGAUAAUGUGCUCGGCCGAUUCGAAACUGCUAUGUUUAUUGUCAGGCGCUUUCUCGAGAAACUAUGGGUUGCAGAGGAGGAACGGAUUAUCUGCGUCCCCGGAGAGUUUGUUCGGGAGCUAAGAGCCCAAGCCAUCGAUGAGCUUGACUCUAGCAAAGGAAAUCAGUUUCUCAGUGAGAACGACGUGAUCCUUGCAUGGUUUACUCGAACCAUUCUUUCCGCCACUAAGACACCAGGAAACCGAUCGGUCGUCCUGAUGAAUUCGUUUGACAUUCGCUCGGUUGCCCUUCCACCCAAAGUCGAACAUACGUUCAACGCAGUAAUUCCCUCAUGCACAAUUGUUCCUAUCUCGAAGGUGCUACAGCAGCCAUUGGCAUUCCUGGCAACUCAUAUCCGUCACUCACUGGUCCAACAACGAGUUUCUGAGCAGAUUGAGGCAUGGUAUUCAUUGGUGGGAGCUAGGUUGAAGCAAGGCAGGUUCCCAAUGAUUGGAACCUCGGAUGGCCUCUCAGUGAUCUACUCCAAUUGGGAUAAAGCGGGAAUGUUUCGUCUUGAUCUCUCGCCGGCAGUUACACACAAAGGUCUUCCCCUAGACCAGAGGACUAAUAUGGUUGGCUAUCCAUCAUGUGUUUUCUGUGUCACUCCUUUCUCCACAGUUGGAAUCAGGAGUGUAGGAGCUUGCACCGGUAAGGAUGCAGAAGGAAACUGGUGGUUUCAGUGGCUUCUUCAAAAGCGAGAGUGGGAGAAUAUCGAAAAAUAUCUCGGUCAAAUCAAUGGGGAUGGCCUAAGACGUUCCUCUGAGAACUGA